GCGGCAGAUUUGAAAUUUAUCUAGGCGCCCAAAUGAGCCUUGUUUUAACAUUAUUUAUCGAUUCCAAAGGUCGUGCGUCACAAUAACUCAUGAAAACAUAAAUCCAAUUCACCCAUUAUGAGCUCUGGGAGAGCAAGAGGUAACUUCUGGAGAGGAAGAGGACAGAGGUUCCGAGGAAGAAAGAGUGCUCGAGGAACGAGCCAGACAGGAAGAGCACAAAGGGGUUCAGACCAAGGAAGUUCAAGUCCUCAAGUGGAACAUCAAAGAGCACGGCAAAUACAGACAAGCUUAACGCCGUGUCCCUUCAAGAAAUGGAACUUAUACUUCCCUGACAUUGUUUAUAACCCAGACUCAGCUCUUGCAACCAAAGUUAAAGCCAUUAUGAAGUUUGUGGAAUCACAUGCAGCUCAACUUUCUAAGGUAAAAAUAGAAAAAGCCAUAGUAGUUGUUCAGUUACUUCCAGAUUGUCCAUAG